AAAACGCGUUGUGAAUGUGAAUGAAAUUACUCGCUGUACAGUGUAACUAAAAGCACGCGCACGCGCUAUCGAUAUACACAGUUUAUGUAUCGUACUGAGAUUUUGUAAUCGCUGAGGAAUAAAAAAGCAACGCCAUGGUUAUUGGAGUCUUCCCAGCGGCCAAGCUUGGCGUUUUGGCUAUAAAGCAGAUUAGCAAGCCCAUUGCCAAUGUACUUAAGUCCAAUGCCAAGUCGAGUCCUCUCUUCAGAAAAUAUGUUUGCAUGCCGCCGGCUCAAUUUUACAAUUGGGUGGAGGUCAAGACCAAGAUGUGGGCGCUGAAUUUGGGCAGACCUGUCACUGUGCCGCCCUUGAAUGAGGCAAUGGCUAUAGAGCUGGGCGCUAAUCUACUGGGAGAGUUUAUAAUAUUCGCAAUUGGAGCGGGACUGUUAAUAUUUGAAUACUCGCGUCAGUCAAUAAAAGAGAAUAAAAAAACUGAAGCGAUGGAGAUGGAAAAGAUGCAGUUAACCACUACGCUAACUGAGAUGAACUUUCGCCUAGAGCGGCAGGAUGCACAAAUACGCGAAAUGACGCGAGUACUGGCGGACUUGGACUCACGCAACAUUUUCCGCUGGCACAAGGAGCCGAUACAGGAGUAUGUGCCCUUUGAUCCCAGCACGCCAGAUCAGAGUGCCAGCGCACGUAACCCCAAGGGCUACGAAGGCUUCUAUGAUCCUCAGGGUGGCAUGGCCUUCCGAGCUCUACACUUUCUACAAACACAAAUCUUCAUAGACGGCCGCGAUCGUCAAGCCAAGGCAGCGCUACAGCAGAUUGAUGUGCUAGCAGGCAACUUGGAGGAGUCGCUAGGACAGGCUGUAACCCAAGCAGAGGCUGUAGUGUUGCCAGCCAAAUGACGUCCGCGGCGCUGGGAGCAGGACUUGACGCAGCUCCUGUACGCCAUAGCGAUGAUCUUGUACGUCUUGGCAAUGGAGGAACAUUGAACAAAUGCUAGUUAGGUCAAAAGUCAUUAAGUGUGUACAUUUUAACUUGUAUUUAUUAAUUUUUUAAUUGUUACCGCUGACAAAAAGCUAAAUAAUGAGAUGGAAAU